AUGGCGACCGGAAUGAUACAACGAAACUUCAGGACAGGCGGGAAAGAGCUGUUCCUGUACGCAGUAACAUGAUCCUACCAUCUUGAGGAGACUCGCUAACGGUAGUCCUGCUCAGUCCGAACGUAAUAAUCACUCUCUUGCGAACAGAUCAUCUCGGUCCUAACUACGCCAAAUUCCGCGUCCCGCUACACUUCUCCAAACUCGACCUGCGCGAUUACCUCUGGCACGCCUACAAUGUCGGAACCCUCAACAUCCGCUCCUACGUCAAACUAUCGCGCGUGCAGUCGGGUAAACCGGGCGGUCAAAUGCCUUUGAUCCGGAGAUGGCAUCGUCCACAGUCAACGAAGUACAUGACGGUGGAACUGGUGAGGCCGUUUGUGUGGCCACCGGAGCCGGAGAGUUUUUCGGCAUGGAAUAAGGGUGAGACGGAGCAGAUGAAUAAAACAUCGAAAGACGUGCAGAAACAGCAAGGGCAGGCGGCGAAGACGUAUAUUAACAAGGACAGGGCGGAGAGAAUGAGGGAGCAGGCGAAAGAACUUCUGGAGGGAAAGGUCAGGUGGAAGGCGCCUAUCAAGGGAGCGGAGGGUGUUUGGAUACCGAGAUCGUAG